AUGUAUUUACCACAGGUCAUGGAUUACCCGGACGAUUUGGACACUACGAAUCCCGAGCAGCCGGUCUUCGGCGGGCAUUUCUUAGGAAGCCCUGGGCGCUACGACCACUACGCCAUUCGCUACGGAUACAUUUCACUGGAGGGAGAGACGCGAGGCGUACGCCAUCCGAAACUGGAGCUCUUAGCGAACGGUCAGCAGCUGGAUGAGGAACUGUCCUCCGAAGCGAGAAAUCCCCUCUUCGCCUCCGACGAUGACCUGGGUGGCUUCGACCCUCGCGUGCAGCAGAGAGCUGCCGACAUCCAGCGAAUGGGCGUGGACAAAAUCCUUUGGGGUCGAACCCGCCGAGCCACACUGCUGGAGCACGUGCAAGCUGGCAGCAUCGAUUGCAGCUUGUACAGCCAACGAGUUCUGGCGACCUUGGAGAUCACCAGCCGAAGCGUCCUCAACUCCGUGGGCCUCCUGGGCGGCCGCCAGGUCGACGCCGCGCGCCGCAAGGCACCGGCCAUCCGCUUCGAGCAAGCGCUGGAGUACGUGGCAGUGGUGCUUCACCUCCUGGUGGGGCCGGUCUUCCGGUUGUCCAGCACAGAGCGGGAGCAUUUGCUGAGCAGGAGGGAGGGCGAAUAUGGCCUCUCCGCCCCGAGCAGCGUUUCUUUGCACGGGGCCGCCUGCGACCAGAUCCUGAGCCGGUUGCUGGAUCCGACCACCUUGGAGGAGCUGGAGCCUGAAGAGAGGUCCGAGCCUCCCAGCUUCGAGCUCCUCAGGGCUUUGGCCUUUGGUUCGCCCAGCACGGGCCCUGCGCGGGAACUCGAGGAGGCUGAACUGAUGAAGGGAUUGUUUCAUCCCUUGCAGCCCGGCGCGCGGGUUGCAGAGAUGAAGGCCGAGGAGCUGAAUGCGCUUCAGUCGGCCACAGAGGAUGCUUUGGCCUGCCAGGCACGCUUAGUCUUCUGCAAGUUGGUGAACCAUCUCUUGCGGGACGAUGGCGUGCAUGCGCUGGUGAGGUCACAUGCCAUGGCAUUGGUGCAAAUGGUGGAGGAGGUGCUCGCUGGGCUCAAGGAGACCUCGGUCACCCAGUUGGCCCAGGCGCACUGGACCCUGGCUCUCGAGGCGCUUAAAGCCAAGCGCCGUGCCGCGGCACCGGGGCCGAGCGGUGGCAUCACGCUGAGCCUGGGGAAAAGGGACCGCGGCGGUGGUUUCAGCGGAGGGGAGAGAGUUUGGACGCCUGCCUUUUAUUUCGUCAGUGUGAUGUGGCAACUGCUUCGAUCGGUGGGCCUGGUUGCAAUUCUAGUGGAAGUGGCAGCGCUCGCUCCAUUGCGGCCCGAUUUGAAGCGGCGCCUGGGAAGAAUACGAGCGAAGAAGGAACCCGAGGACAAGCGGCUUGGGAGCAAGGAGCGAGUGGUUGAAUUUCAUGGACACCCCUUCUAUUUGCUCGUGGCGCUACGCAUAGACAGCCCAUGUACCCUCUAUGCCCAUCCCAUAGGGCUCCUGAACACUGAGCGGAGAAGACCGACCUGGCGCUCUGACCGGGGCGCCUUCGGACCGGUGAUGAACGGGAAGGCACUGAUCCGGGUGAAGUUUGCGGAGAAGCCGGAGCUUCCGUUCUUCAUUCGCGCGAAUGCAGAGUACUACUCCGACCGUCUGAAGACUGGGAACAUCUCCAUCACCAAGUCCAUCCUCAAUGCAGCGACUCGGCGCGUGGGACGUGGGACCGACCGAUUGGAGGGCGGCCACCGAUUGGAGCCAGCGGGUGUGCCUGGGAAUGAGAAGCGUGCCAAGCUGGAAGUGGUGGAGGAAGGGGCAGCUGCAUUGAAGCGAAUGGUCAUGGUCAUUGGUGACAUUUUCCUCUCGAAGCGUUGGGGCCUCGACGCGAACGUCGAGCGCGUGGCGCGUUCGACGCAACGUGGUGACUUGUGGCACAUGCAGCUGGCCAUGAUGCAGCGAAGGGGCCGCAUCAUCUACUGUGGCUACAGCCAGAACUUCUGCGAGCACGUACCCCGGAGCCACAUUGAGCAGCUGUUGGGUGCCGAUGGGAAGCCCGUCUUCUGUGGGUCGGUGAGCAUGAGGACAGAGGUGAUCUUCAGGUCCUCGAGCGCUCACAUGUUCUUGCUCAUCGAGGUCAGUGCUGAGCUGUUUCAAUAUGGGCUCAUGGGCCUUCCGUACUGGCAGAUUCUAUUGGAUUGCCUAGGGCAAUGUAUGGAGAGAGUCUGCAAUGCAUCGAGCAAAAAGAUGAGUCACUACAUCCGCCUGCUGCUCUUCGCGCGGCGGAAGCCGACCGUGGGCACCACGCCGGGCGACGGCACGUGCCGGGCGCCCACGGCCACGCGCAAGGAGUUCACCGCCUAUGGACCGCCUGAGGAUCAUCAGGACUUCUACGAUGUGAUCUUCGAGGGCUACGCCUCCGCCAUGCCAUCGCCACAAGAGCUGCGCAGCCGCGUGAGUCGGAUCUUCCUGACGCUGUUGGAGGAGGAAGAGAUGCUCGGCGCCGGGUUCACGCUGCGGCCCGCAGCGUGCGGGUCGCUGCGUGCGGGUCGCAGGUCUAUCCCUUCGGGGUGCUGGAAGUACAAGAAAGACCCCACGGCCUGGGUGGAGCAGCAGAAGGGAGCUAAGCCGUCUGAGAUGGGCCCUUGGCAGCGGAUGAGAGCUGGCGAGCUGGUGGAGUCCGAGGAAGGCAACCUCUUGGAGUGUCUGAACUUGGCGCUGAAUCACUUUGACCAGCACCACCUGGAUCGAGACCUCAAAGUCAGUGGCCAGGUGGUGGUCAUCAUGACCGCAGGCUGUGGGCUCAUCCGGACCCGCACCAAGGAGCUCUACUUGUUGACGAAUCGUCGAUGUUUGGCCGCUGGACACGCCUCCUUCCAGUUGGUGGGCGUGAAAGAUCCUCCGUGGCACCGUGUGCCCUGGGUUCAAUGGCCAGGAGGACCCACGCUGCAUGACCUGGUGCUCCCGUCCCAGCCCAUCGAAUGGGAGGGCGACAAACGCUUGUCACCCUUUCCAGCUUGGCUCUCUUAUAUCCCUUACCAGGAGGCCGUCUUUUGCCCAUGCUUGGACAACAAAGACUGGGUCAAGGCCGGCUUCCUCCCGUUGUUGGAUUCAGCUCCUGCGGUGGCGUCGACGCCCAUCCCCCGCUGGACCAAUAGCAUUUGCAGCCUGGAGGAACAGCCCAAGCGCGCCAGACAGGAAAUGCCGGAGCUCUCCCCGAAGUCCAUGCCCAGCUUCCCCGACACCGGCCCUGCGCUGCGCUCCUUCCGGAUCUCGUCCAACCAGAAGACCUGGGACGAGAUCAGGCUGCCGCGCCUGCGCGCGCAUCUCAGUAAGUCCAAGAAGUCCUACCACUGCUACGCCCCCGUCGCUUACUCGGUGAACCCGCAGCGCUUCGGGAACACGGAAGGCGCCAAAUUGGAGCUCAUGUAUGACUUGGUGGGCUUGAGGUUGGCAGCCUUGGGUGGAACUCAGAUUGCUUGGCACGAUGGCGUCGCAGGGGAUCAAGAGGCUGGAAAGCCUGAGCAGAUGCAGCCAUGGCAGGUCUACGCCAACUUGCUGCCCACCUCUCUCCAUGACCUGACGGUCUUGGCCGCUUGUGGCUCCGAGUGGCGGUUCAAGCCCCAAGCCACCGACCUCACGGUCUCCCGAACCGAACGCUUCAAGUACGACCGGGACAAGGCCACGAGUUUCCUCUACGAGCAGUUCUUUGUGCACCUUACCUCUACCUGGAAGCGCUCGCAAUGGAUCGAAUCACGUUGCGUCUUCCACCUCCAAGAACGUUUGGACUGGAACUUCUUAGACCACGUCCUGGCAGGAGUCUAUCAAAUUCCUCCGGCCUUGCCCUACCCCGUGGACCGCUCCCAGCUGCAUGACGAUCUCAUGGUGCCACGGCGAGACAGCUCCACCACCUCAUUCGCGGGCGACACACGUGAUGGCUGGCAGCUACGAGGAGCCCUGAAGCAGCACAUGCUGAUCCUGAUGCCCAAGUCCUCUUUGGCAUCGUCUCACUGGGAGAUGAUGAGGUGCGUUUUGGCCCGACUGGGUGGGCAAAUCACGAUCGGCAAGGACCCCUUUGAUGCCUUCUCCGAGAUUGGCGCCUUUGAAAAGAACCAGGAGAUGCUGCUGGAAGCGCUCCUGGAGCGCCAGGCGCGCGUCAUCGAGACGGCCUCGGACUGCACGUCCUUGCCCUCAAGAGGCACCUCGAGGAAUGACUUCCCGGACAAACGGCCACAGGCCUUGAGUGAGGACACAGUCGUCCUGAACUUCGAAGUGAAGGACAAAUCCAGAGAGGAGGUGGACCUGGGCGUCACCCGCGCGGUGAGCGGGCCCAACGAGGAGGUCUCCUCUGAGAUCCAGGACGAAGUGAGCCCGUCUGCUGAUGCGCAGCAGCUCCUGGAGGACUUUGCCAAUGUGAGGAAGUGUACUGUCCAGCAGUUUGAAUCCUUCCAAACUGGACUCAAGAAGCUUUGCUUCGGGCGUUUGCCACUGCAGCAGUUCGAGAAAGAGUCGAUGGGCAUCGACACCUCCAUGAAGCACUUCACGGUGGGACGUGCGGAGAAGACGGUGUCGGUCCGAGGGGCGGAGCUCGAGACAUCCUUUCUCCAGAGCCGUGAUUGGUUUGGUGCCUUCUACGACGACGUGUACAGUCCACCCAAGUUUUUCCAUAUUGUCUUGGAGUGGAUCGCCUGCUCUGCCUGCCACAUGACCUCGUUCCUCACGAACUUGGACAAGUUGGCGGCCCGCCAUGGCUUUCGCCUGCUGCGUUUGCCUAUUGGGAUCCUCUUCCCACAGCCAGCGCCCGCAUGGGUUUGGAGCUCCGACCAGGAGACCAACUUCGAUCGGCUGCCCUUCUACCCCAGGAAGCGGAUGAGCCUUCCCACCUUGGCGUUGCCACGGGAACAGGUCUAUGCUCGGCUCCUACAGGCCUGGGUGAAGCCGCCCCUGAAGUUCCACUUCAUUUUCGCGUCACCCAUCCAGGAUUUCAAGGCCUACCCCAUUGUGGCAGAGGAGGACGCCAAGGAAAAGACCAGCGCCAAGAAAGAGGUCUAUCAGCGCCUGAAAGGCUGGGUACUUUGUGACCCGGACGGUUUCUGCCUGGCCACGCUGCGAGAGGAAUGCAUUUACUUCUUCGAGAACCCCUUGCACAUUUUCCACUCGAGGACGCAAGAGCGUGUGAAGGAUAACCUCAGAAAGGCGGAACGAGUCCAUCAGCUCUUCUUCCAUAUCACCACUGACCUUUUGGAAUCCAUGAGCCAGGAGAAGCCAGCUUGA